ACUCGCCUAUCUGAAAGUGAAAGUAAAAUGAAACUGGAGUUGAAGGGGAAACCCAUCGAGCCAAACUGAUUUUAGUUCGUGGGAUAGCAACGAAGAGCUUCACUGGACUGCAAACAGAAGACAUCAUGACUGACUUCUCUAACGUUACAAUCUACAAACUGUCCCUGGUUGCAGUUUUCUGCUUCAUCCAAGCCUGCAGCAGCAGCUGUCCAGUGUUGGAGUGCUGGUUUGUGCAGGAGAAGGCGGGUCGAGGAGGAGGUUUAACUGCAGCAACAACCCAGGAGAAAUCCCUGCUCCACAUCAGAACGGAUGCACACAGCCACAGUGCAGAGUCCCAACAGACUCCAUCCGACAUCAACCCUGACAGAGUCUACUUCAUUACCGACCCAGCUGGCACUCUCUGCCACCGCUCUCUGAACCCUCCCAAAGGCUCUGUCAAGAAGCCCCAGUGUGAGGUCAACCCCUUCCUGCCGCAGCCCUCCACUCUGAAAUGGGUUGCUCCGCUCACAGACUCCGCCUUCAGCCCCAAAUACCUGCAAGCUGAUUGGUUUUCAACUGCCCUUCGUGGGCUCAACGAACAGAUGACCAUUUCCAAUAUCAUGCGUGCUCCCACAGCGUCCAAAGAGCAGGACGUGAUUCUGAGUGUAACCAGUAAAACGGUCUCAGUGCAGUCCAGACUCGGGGAACCCGUGCUGCUGGACUGCGGCUUCUGGGCCGACCCCUCCUCGCCUCUAUCCGGGUCGGGUUUUGCAGUAGAGUGGCGCUACCAGUUCAGAGGCGACGGACGACUGGUUCUGGCUUACGACGGCAAGACGGACCGCUUGGCUGAUACACAAGAGGAAGGGGCCGCGCUGGACUUUGAGGCUUUGCACAAGAAUGGAAAUGCAUCCCUGAUCCUGCAGGAGGCGAAAGUGCGUCACUCUGGGAUGUAUAUUUGCUCAGUGUAUCUUCCGUACCUUGUAUCUCAGGUGGCGGUGGAGCUUGAGAUUGUAGAACCUCCAUCCCUCUCCAUCUACCCCUCCCCUCUACCCCUCGCUGUUCCCGGCCAGACUUUGACCGUCCAGUGUGAGGCGUCCGGCUUUGCCCCCCUUUCCCUGGAACUGAGCUGGGAGUUUAAAGGCGCCGAUGGGAAGUCCAGGCCUCUGGGCUCAAGCAGCGUAACGGGCCACAGGCAGGCCUGGGAUGGAACCUAUAGCCAGAGCUCCCGGCUGGAGAUUGACACGACUAACCUGGACCUGGGCAGAGGAGGGGAGGUCACCUGUGUGGCUGUCCAUCUUGGAGGCACACGACGGGCCAGCGUGACCCUCAAUGUCAUUGGGUUCAGUGCUCCCUCCAUUGAAGACUCAAUGGCGAUGGUUGGUGUAGCGCUAGUGCUCUACGGUCUUAUCAAGUUCGCCUCUUGGACCUUCACCAGCUCAGGCUCCAACGAGGCUGAUAAACAGGACAAGAAAGACAAAUAAAGAAGAGCAAAGUCAACCGCUCUGGAAGUGUUAUACUGAACCACCAAACCUGGGAUGUCUUGGAUCAGGUUUCAGGAGUGACUGUCCACCUGUUCAAGGAGACAGUUAAUGUCUUUUUUUAUUACUAGCAUAGUGGUAAAUCUGUUUAAACUUUUACCCUUGGAGUAAUUUUUUUCACAGAUUCAGAGAGAAGCUUGCUUGUGUCAGUUGUGUUGUCACUACCUUGCACAAAUAUUGGGGAAUGCAUUUAAUGUUGUGCUAUAGUGAGAAGUUUCUGCUCACUCUUAAUGUGUGUGAUAUUUCUUUAAUCUUCCCCUUUAAAGCGAUACAACUGUAUUAUCAUAUUGGCCUCCCACUGUUUACAUACUGUAUCUUGUCAAAGACACUGGAAAAGGGCCUGAAACUUUUGUUGAAAUGAUAAUGUGUUGAAAUAUCUGCUUUAAUUUGGACACGUUAAUGCUUCCAUAUGAUGCCCCGCUGUUUAAAACAUUUAUCUUUGAGGGAUCGGAGGUGAGACCGUAUGUGUGUGUUUAAGAGAAAGAACUAAAACAUAUUUUGUAAAUUAACCAGGAGAGUAACAUUAAUAUCAGACCAAACAGUCUCUCAAACUUAAACAUAUUUUUGUAAAUACCUAGAAUAUAAUGUAUGUAUAUUGUGCCUUUUUUAUUAUAUGUGUGUUUUUGCAUUGGUGCAACUACUUUUAUCACCUGUUGAUAGAAAUUAUGCAAAAUUAAACUUACAUAAAAAUAUGAAGGAAAUGGUACAAACACAGAAAUUUAAUAAUCAAAAUGGAAGUCUGCAUUUUAAGUGAAAUAAACACAAGUCUCCAAACA